AUGACCAUUACUUUGGCUGAGCGAGAGCGAAUAAUCAAAAAGAUGGACGAGCAGUUCGAGUCCGAUCUUAGAAUGCGAAAGGAAUCCAACAUCUGCGGACAGAAGGCCGCUUCUACUUACAAGCAGCUUUCCCUCCUCCAGAAGGAAAUGCGAGAUACCGGAAGCCACGUUAUGGAUCUCAAGGAUCAGGCACGACAAAACGCAAGAAACAUUGAGGCCAUCUUGAACCGAGCUGACAUGAAGAUGUUCGACUAA